CUCAGGGACUGACAGAUCAGGCUAGGUAGGGAUACAGACUUCAGGCACAUGCAUUCUCCUUGCAUGCAUGCCCAGAUGCAAGCGCAUGCUGCUUUCACACAUUGAAAUUCAAGUUAGCGAGAGGUAACAACUGAAGACAGCCAUAGUCCUGCUGAUAAAGAGCCUUCUCCUUAAAGAGAAGGCACUAAAAGUAGAACUCUUCAACCACUGCUUAUAGUAAUUCAUCAAGAAAAGCAUCACAACCAUGAAUGGACCAGUGGAUGGUUUAUGUGAUUACACGCUGGAUGAUGAAGGGGCUUUCAUGUUCACAUCGGAGUCAGUGGGAGAAGGACACCCAGAUAAAAUCUGCGAUCAAAUCAGCGAUGCUGUGCUAGACGCCCACCUCAGACAGGACCCGAAUGCCAAGGUUGCUUGUGAGACAGUAUGUAAGACAGGAAUGGUGUUGCUCUGUGGGGAGAUCACAUCUCGUGCUAUUGUGGAUUAUCAGAGAGUUGUCCGAGAUGCAAUUAGACAUAUUGGCUAUGAUGAUUCAGCUAAAGGCUUUGACUACAAGACUUGUAAUGUUUUAGUGGCACUGGAACAGCAGUCACCUGAUAUUGCCCAAGGUGUUCAUCUACACAGGAAUGAAGAGGAUGUUGGUGCUGGAGAUCAGGGUUUGAUGUUUGGUUAUGCAACUGAUGAGACAGAAGAAUGUAUGCCUCUAACAAUUAUUCUAGCUCAUAAACUGAAUGCCAGGUUAGCAGAGCUGAGGCGUAAUGGAGAACUUCCUUGGCUGAGACCUGACUCUAAGACACAGGUCACAGUUCAGUAUAUCCAGAAGAACGGAGCAGUGGUCCCAGUGCGCGUGCACACCAUUGUGAUAUCCGUGCAGCAUGAUGAAACCAUCUCGCUGGAGAACAUGCGCAGAACCCUGAAGGAACGUGUGAUCCAAGAUGUUGUCCCUGCAAAAUACUUGGAUGAGAAUACUGUUUAUCACCUUCAACCUAGUGGACGUUUUGUUAUUGGAGGGCCUCAGGGUGAUGCCGGUGUUACUGGGCGGAAGAUCAUAGUGGACACUUACGGUGGCUGGGGAGCACACGGAGGUGGUGCCUUUUCGGGCAAGGACUACACGAAGGUGGACCGGUCGGCUGCGUACGCAGCCCGCUGGGUGGCCAAGUCUCUUGUGAAAGCUGGGCUCUGCCGCCGUGUCCUGGUCCAGGUUUCUUAUGCCAUUGGGGUUGCUCAUCCACUGUCCAUUUCACUGUUCACUUAUGGAACUUCCAAAAAAACAGAGAAAGAGCUGCUGGACAUUGUACACAAAAACUUUGAUCUUCGGCCUGGAGUCAUUGUCAGGGAUUUGGAUCUGAAAAAGCCCAUUUACCAGAAGACUGCAUGCUAUGGUCACUUUGGAAGAAAGGAAUUCCCAUGGGAAGUGCCUAAAAAACUUGUCUUUUGACAUUAGCAGUCACCUUUUAAAAAUAGAAAGGAAGUCCACUAAUGAUGAGGGUGCCUCUGAAAAUCAAAUUUAACAGCUUUGCAUUCAACAAAAGGAAUUUUAGAUUUUAAAUGGAAAGAAAGAAAAGGAUAUUUUCUUGGAAAUUGAUUUUUUUAACCCUCAGUGUCUUUCAUUAUCCAAGAUAAUGAAACAGAUAAUAAAAAAAGAGACAGAGUCUCUUUUUUUAAUCAGCAUAAGACAACAAAAUACAGUCUACUCUUAACUGCUGCUCUGUUGGUUCUGUUGAUAAAGACAAGUUUGACUCAGGUACUCAAACCAAUAGCUGAACCUCAAACCUUUGAUGGGCAAAGGUGAAGACAGCUUUCCCAACUCUGACUAAGGAUCAGCAGAUCUCUUGCUUCUAAUUAGAUGAUGGGAAAUUCUGGGUCCAAUUUCCUUACUGGAGUUAGCAUUGCAUACAGCUGGGGGUUGCUUUGAUGGGAGAAGGCUGAAUAUCACCCAACCCGAUCUCGACCUCUUUUAUAAAAGAUGUUAUCCUAUAUGUAAUAUUUAAAUCAGCUUCACUGUAUGUGUGCUGUUAUUGUUGUGUUUCAAUUACCUGUGUUUUUGAAACAUAAAUGCUCUCCUAUGAAACAACAAUCAUAGAAUAAAAAGCUUUUUCCUACCCUGAA